AGAUUCGCGUGGAUUCUAUCCCAAGAUUGCUUCGGCCGCGGAUGAAUGUCGUACGAUUGCACGAAUUCGUUUCGAGAUUCGUAUGGGAGUGUUGAGACAUUAGAUGAGUGAUGACGGAAUUCCCCCAAGAAUCGAGGAGUUCGUGAACCACAUGGUUCUAUUUCCUAGGCAGGCACGCUGAGCAUCCAUCAAGGCGGUCGAUCCUCCAGAAUGGAAGCGCGGAAUUGGGGUUGCCAAAUCGCAGUUUGGAGUCAGUGGAGCUGCGAAUGAUAUUCUUGUUGGCACGUUUAUAGUUGUUGAUGUCGAGAUUGAACGCACCCAGCAACUUGCGCACAGAUCGGAAGCGACAAAGCUGCCAAAGUUUCUCUGCGAAGCGAUGUUCUGAGACGUACUUCUCGCCGCCGAGAAGGCCUUGGGACCUUCUAACUUUCUCCCAACCUAAGAGAUUAUGGGAACUCACUCCCCCUUACCGCAGAGAAAUACAAGGAGGGAACAAUGUGUCCGCACCUCCAAGUGAAGUGCCAAAAGAGAAACGCCAUGAAGCGUACCAUGAGAUUCGCACUAUCUGUGGUCUCUUCCCAAACAAUCCCGGAAUUGGAAGGAAGAGAUGGCCCAGUGAUCAACUGCGUCGAGAAUGCCAACCCGAUCCCAAGGAAACAGAACAUUCGAAAUCAAGUCAGUCCACUUCAGAUCAGAUCAAGGUCAGCGUACAUGAUGUUCCGCCACGGAUGGAUCCUUGGCUUCAUGGAAUGGAUCCCUCCAUCGAAGAAGCGAACCAGAAUAUUAGCAUGCCUUUAAGUUCUCCACGUCCGCAUGGUACCGAACUUACAGAGAAGAAAAAGUUUAUACGUGAUCACACGGAACAGCUGAUAGCGAAAGGGCAGAGGGAGCUGGAAGAGAUAGAGAACAUGAAGGUUCAGAUGAUGUUGUACGAGAAGCUAGCGUGGGACAAAGUCCAAGGCGAAGUAGGCAAGGGUUGCAUGACGGAGGUGACACGUUUGAAAGCGCUUCAAGAGCCAGGGAAGUUACUUGACGACGAUGCCACAAUCAGGGCAAGUGAGAGAAAUCUGGCAGUAGACGCGGCACAAAAUCUAGAUGUUGAAGGAUCCAUCAUCGAUAGGCACAGUUCACAGGCAUGGAAGGCCGGACUCUGUACUUUGCUUCAAACGUUGUUUUGGUACUUCUGUAUGAUCCAGCCAAUCAUUAGGUCCAUUAAAAGUCCUCAUUUUGUACCUCCCACCUAAUCUUCCUCGACGCCCAUAUUCUGUCCGGAUUUGACCAGAAUCAAGGUACCGUACUCGCUUCUGGCCAAACAAAAGCUGUUGACUUUGCAAGAUGUGAGCCCAUCUCUUGUCUUGUCUGAUGGCUGAAAACUUAAUGAGAAGUGUGAUGUGCGCACGAGGACAAACGCCAUUUUAGGAAAGACUAGGACGGAGACCAAAAGAGGUCCGCUACAGAUCGCUACGAGCAGGGACUCGUCCUAAAUGGCACAUUUGUCGACAGUCCAACAUCAGACCGAGCGAAAGUAGCAUUCGUUGAUAAGUUUCCACAUGUCAUCUUCCAUCGAUAUGUCGAGCAUCGAACACAUGUCUAGAUGCCAUUCUACUUACAGGUGGAGAAGCAUUUCAUUCGCAACUGAGUACAGGACGGUUAGCUGGGCCUGGACCUUCCUCACAUCUGUCGA